CGCACGCGUCUCGCAGAUGAUCGUGCACGCGCUCCGGUGCUGAUGUCAUCCGCCCAGUUUCAUCUCGCGCUUUCAAAUAAACCACAAUGAUUGUGUGUGUUCUGUCGCUGCUGUCGCUGCUGUCGCUGGAGUCACUGGCCGUCAGCAUAGGCCCCAGUAACUCGUCCAACAGUCUCUGCACCGCGUCUAACGAGUGUCUUCAGUUCCAGCUGGUCUGCAGGACGGACGAGUACGAGGUGCGGCGCUACUCGUCCUCGCGCUGGAUCUCCACGGACGCGGAGGCGUAUUUCCUCGGCGUUGGAGCCGCCAUGGCCUUCAGACGCCUCUAUCAUUACAUCUCUGGAGCCAAUAAAGAGGGUGUGACGUUUGAGAUGACGGCUCCGGUGCUUGUUGAAGUUCCUGAGGAAGUGAAGAUGUGGGAACCGGCGAUCUACACGCUCAGCUUCCUGUUGCCGUCAGCCUAUCAGGAGCGUCCGCCCACUCCCACCAAUGAGAAGCUGUACUUCACGGAGAUGCCCGACAUGGACGUGUACGUGAGGAGUUACGGCGGCUGGAUGCUGUCGAUCACGUCACGACUCCACACACACCUGCUGAGCCGAGCGUUGACCAGAGCCCACGCGCACUUCAACCACACACACCACUACGCCGUGGGCUACGACAGUCCUCUGAAGCUGUUGAACAGGCAUAAUGAGGUGUGGUACGUGGCUGAAGGAGAGCCGGUCUGCGGAUCGAACUCGACUCACACACACUGAACGGGAGGCAGAUGAACCUCGCAGGACAACAGACGUCCUCAAACGCUCUUAUUUCAGUGCAAUAACCUGCUUCAGCUCGAUAAUGUGUGCUUUAGUGUUUGUGCUCAUCGACGGCUAAUAAACCGAAUAACGGCGGACAUCUUUGUGUUUGUAUUG